AUGCAUAUGGAGUUUAUUGAGUCUGUUGGUGACAAAGCUAACGUUACGAACUACAGAGUCGUUGCCAUUCAAACGCUGCUUCUUAAAAUCCACGAAAUUGCCAUGAAACGUAAAGUCAGUGAAAAGAUCCAGCCUCAAUUGAAAAGUGCACAACAUGGUUUCAGAGACAAAAGAUCAGUUGUCACGAAUCUGCUAGGGUUGUCUAUACUGGCACAUGCCGCUUUUGAACGUUUAGCACAGCUUGACAUAUUCUACGGCGACUACAAGACGGCAUUCGAUAAGUUAGUAAUUUUGUUGUUAAUUAUCAAGUUAGCUAGAUUUGGAAUCGGUAAGAAAACUGCACGAUGGAUUUGUCAAUAUUUGGUUGGUAGGACCAAUUACGUUCAAAUUGGCAAUUCCAAAUCAAGAUGCUAUGAGUCACCAUCAGGAGUACCGCCUGGGAGUUCACUCGGACCGCUUAUGUUUAUUGUGUUCAUAAAUGACAUUGUUGACUCAGUGGAAUUCGCGAAUACUCUACUGUUUGCGGAUGAUAUUAAAUUGGCGUCCAUAAUUUCUGACCACUACGACACACUUUAUAUCGACACGAACCAUCGUUUCAUCCGUGCCGAUUAUACAAUGGGCGAUAAGAUCAUCAGCAGAGUCGAGGAAACGAGCGAUUUGGGCGUAUUGGUUAAUAGAUGGUUUCAUCCGGGUAGUCACAUCGAACAGAUGACAAUGAAGUGUCGCCAGACAAUUGGCUGCAUAAAACACUUUUCAAAUGGCAAUUUUACGAAAGAAACGCAGCGAAUACUCUAUGUGGCAUACGUUCGGUCGAGGCUUGAGUUCGCAUCGCCCAUUUGGAACCCAGCAGCACAAGUAUACAAAGACGAUAUCGAAUCCGUACAGAAGCAGUUCGUAAUCUACUUAUUGGAAAGCCGAAGCAACGCGACAACAUACAGACUUGCACCGUAUGAAGAUCGAUGCAAACAACUGAAGCUACAAAGUUUGGAAAAACGACGUACUGUUGCAGAUGCAAUGCUCGCCUUCGACAUUUACAAACGUAAUAUUAUCGACGAUUUGAUAUCACCAAGAUUUGUUCGAAACGUCCAAAGUGCUUACAAUUUUAGAGAGUCUACGAUGCAACUAUUGAUCGAGCCAAGGUGGGCCACAUUUCCGGAAUUAGCUACUUAUUGA